GCGGCCGCGGCUCCGCCCGGGCCCGUGAGGGAGGCGGUGACCGGGGUGGGCCGGGCUCGGCCCCGGGCUCGGCCCCGGCCUUGCCGGGCGGUCAAAGCGUGCCCGGAGCGUGUGGUAAAGAUGGCUGAAGCAGAACCUCAGGAAGAAAACUGUGAAAACUCAAUAGAGACGAUGGAGAAGUGCAACAAAGACUUAGAAACACUUCUGGAGGAAAUGGAAAGAAUAACAGUUCGUGCAGCCUGGAUGACCUACGGCAUCGUAACCAUCCACACCAACCCAGACCUGGCCAGCUCCAUGAAGCACCUGGAAGAUGCCUUCCUGAGGUGCAAAGAACAGGUGGGGAGGAAGUGGCAAGAGGUGCUAAAGGAAUCCAAAGGUGAAGAGGAAUAAACUGAAUUCUCUCGUGCUGGCAGAGCCUUGGGAAAUCGCUCCAUUGAUUUGCCGGCCGCGGAGGUUUCACAGCCACUGUGGAAAAGGGAUUGGCUUUCACCGUGCUAAGAACUUAUAAGUAAACAUCUAAGGAAGUAUUUAAUGAGAUGACACAGAUAUAUUUAUAUUAUUGAAGGUAAAAGGUAACAGUGUGCUUAUUUCUGUGAGGCCCAUCAGUAACCCCUGCAGUGUUUGCACACACCAUUCACGCCUUCUGUGCUUUUCCUCCUGGAAGUUCACACUCGCUUCAUCCUCAGUAUAACUGGAAUUCUCUGAGACCUGAGCACACUGUGGGUGGGGAGCAGGGCUGGUGUAGUGGACCAUCCCAAUGCCUGUCAAGGAAAACUGAGGAAUUACUUCCUUUUCCAAAUGAAAAACAGGUGACACUCUAGACUGAGUUAGUCGGAUGUACGAUUGCCAUCCAGGUGUUCAGUUCCAGAGUUUCAUUAUUCAGGUAGCUCAUCUGUAGGUGUUCCAUUUUGUUUCACUGGAUUUUUAACCAUUUCUUUGAACUGGUUUUCCCAGAAAGAUUGUUCUUCUCAAACCCUCUGAAGGGCAGCAUGACUUAAAUAUUUAAGUAAAUUUUUUUUACCAUUAUAGACUGCAGUCUGUGUAGUGGGAUUGCUGCAGAAACCAAACCAAGUUAUAAAACAUGCUUUCUUCUAUAUAUUCCUACUGUGCAAAUAUAAAAAAGGACCAAAAAAAAUUAUUUUUUAGGUGGAUUGAGAGCACCACCUCGUGGCUUGCAGCUGUACAUAAAUAUUUUACCUGAGAUGGAAGUCAGUGCAACAAGUUUUAAGGAGGAUCUUCCCUUGCAUUCAAAUCUGUCUCUUUUAACUAGAAAGUAAGCACCAUGUAGCAAGUAUCUCCACCUCCCUUGAAGAGGUAAUGAUUGAAAUCCCAUCUAAAUGAUCUAUCAAAAGUUUGCUUGAUUUGUAGACUAUGUAUAUUUUGAGAUGGGUUGAUCCCAUUUCACACAGAAUGUUUAUCCACUGAAGUGAAAAAUAAGUAAAUUUUUUUUUUUAUUGCUACCAAAUAUUUCUAGAGGUACAAAUGGUAAGGAACAAACUUUGAACUCUGCUCUUGACUUUCCACAUAGGUUUUCACUGCAACCAAAGGAAGGCAAACUGGCAGAGCAGCACAAGGAAACUCACACUUUGAUUCAUCUCUGGAGGGUUUUUAAUGGCAUGUUGUCACUUUGGUACCUUUCACUACAUUGCUUUCACUCCAUAAUUCCGUAUCAGAAAAUUAUCUCAGAAAGGCUCAAGAAGAAUAGCUGUUUUAGCUUUUUGCAUAAAUUCAAAAUUUCAGUGCAGCCAUUUUUCCUGUGAUUUUACCCAUGGAUUGAGUUCUGCUGGUAACUAGGAAAAUUCUCCUCAGGGACUUAAAUAGUGGCUAAAGAGGACACAUGGCAUCUCCCCAGCUAUAGAAAUAGGGAGAAUUUCUAUAUUCCAGGACAAAUACAGGCACGUUGACAUACAUACUAGUUAGAGCAGGUUGGUUUAGUGACUGUUUAAGCUCACAUGCCAAAUUUGGGAUACAUCCUAUGGUUGUGAAAUUGCUGGGAUUUUACACACAGUUUGUUGUAUACACCAACUCUACACAGAAUAUUUUAAAGGGAGAAGGGCAAGACUCAGAAGACAACUGUUAACAGCACUUCCAAAUCAUGGACAAAAAUGUGAGUAUUGUAUAAUGUAAGUGAAAAGAAUUGGCUACACCAACACAGUGAGCAGAAAGCACAGAACAGGGACCUUGGAAACCAACUGGCUGUUACAGACACACUGUACAAAGCGUAUUUUGACUCACCACCAAACUGCUGUUACUUAACAUAUUAAAACAGCACAAGUUUGACUGUAACUUGAGGUGCAGCUCAAGCUGAGUUAGGCUGACACCACUCAUUCAAGACUACGUGGGGCUCCACACAUUUAACCAAAUUUUUUGAGAGCAGGUCGCUUUCUCUACUACAGACAUGUACUUUAUAGCCAAUUUUCCUUAAAAUUCCUGAUUAAUUAUAAGACUUUCAUGGUCUUAGUAAAGUCACAAUUUACAAAUCAAAACCGAUAGCCAAGCACUGAAGAAUGAUGAUGCAUUUUGACAUUAGUCAGGAAAUAAAUGAAGUUCCAAACUUGGUGACAACUUUGGGUAGGUCUUUUCUAUCACAUCUUGAAACCUUAAGGUGUUAAAGGUAAUUAUUCAUCUCAUCAGCUGGUGGUAUUAAGUCAUCAAGAUCGAUUUUCUGCUCAGUGCAUCACUGUCAAGCUCUAGGACUUCAAAUCAAAUCACAGGAGCAUUGCUCCACUACUGUAAACAGCACAAAAGAGAAAGUUUAAAGUGUAGAAUGAUUACAAUAUAGAAGUGGCUCCAAGUAGGUAUAAAAGCAUGUUAACUACUCUGCAAAUUCAGAAUCCACAUAGCCAAAUGUCUUUUUAAGAAACCAAACACAAACUAAGCACUCAUCUGAAAUUCUGCUCAUAGUCUUGCUUAAGGUACAAAGACACCACGGUUGCCAAGAGAACCAAACCUCAUUACUGAGCACCAGCUUCAUAUUUUUUUCUGCCAAAUUCAAGUAACAAGAGCUCAAGUGGCCCAGUAAAGGAACACAAUUUAUGCCCAGCCCAAGACAUCUAAACUGUCAUCUUAGUAAGUGCUUGAGUUAAGCCUGUAUUGUCAUAAGCAGGAAUUCAGGGAUGAAGUGGGUUAUGUCAGUCACUUGCUCCUGGUUUAUGCAAAGAUUCUUCUUAUCACAGAGGCAGGACAGAAAUAACAGAUAGAACUAGAUUCCAGGACACUCCUUGCCUUUUCCCUCCUUUCUCCUUUCAUAAAACAACAAUGACUAGAGUUAGGUACUUUUGUUAAACUAAUUCAAUCUGACCUACAUUUUUGCAGAGAUGAAGAAAAUUCUCUUUGGCCUGUCAAAUCUCACUUCAGAUAUAAAACACCUACUUUUGAACAACUGAAGGCAGUUCAAGUAGUUUUUAUGACAAAUUCUUCAGUCACGGCUCAGCAUUUACAAAUACCUUGCACCUGUUUAUUAUGAUGAAAUUUCCAACCUCUCCCCAGUCUGCCUGAAACAGAUUUCGUUCUGAACAAAACUUUAAACAGGGAGCAAGAACAGAGAAACUAGAAGAGACAAGGACAAAGAGCCAGCCAUUUCUCCACUCUCAUUUAGUCUUGUAUCUGCACAGUUACAGCCUUGCUCAGACCAAGUGUUGUUCAGUAAAGCCUGGACAAAGAUUGCCCAGCUAAGAACAGAAAGGGGUGUUUUAGGGAAACAAAUACAUUAUCUAAGGUUUGGCCAACAGCAGCUGCAAGGCAGGAACGUGAGAAGUGGUGGAGUGGGGAGCGAAGGACACGAGAUAUCUGAAGACAUUCUGCAGCUGGAAGUGGACUGAUAACACUUGCAAGGCAGCAGAGUUUUAGGGAGGAACCUUAGAAAAGCACAGACAUUAUUAGUAAGACAGUAAAUUACUUAUUAACACAAGAUGCCACAGGUAGAGAGAUUUUAUUGGUUUCAAGUAAGGAAGAGUGCAGAGGCCAAUAAAACACACUGCCAUUGUUCAGGGCAGAAGCCUGGCAGUUACUGGGUGUGUGUCUUUCCUCAGCAGAGGAGUCUCAAACUUUGGAUCCUACUGUUUACACAACACAAAAGCCCAGCAAAACAGAUGAGGAAAAAUAUUCCAGGAACUCACUUCACAUCCCAUAAACUCCUGCCACAAGAUGGUGACAGGAAGAUCCAAGCUUUAAUGUCAUCUGAGCCAGAAGAGCAGAGGGGACAGUGCAGGUUAUAGCUCUUGUUGUGCAAGUUCUUUGCAGAAGUUGUUUUGGAUCGAAGUUUAUCCACCUACCCAUGCUCAUGUAUCACCCAGCAUGGUUUUAGACAUCAAGACAUACCAAAGAGGCAAGUCCCUUUCACACAGAAAGGCUGAAGCAACAAAAUAAUGGAUUGUUUUAGAAGUAAAAUUAAAAACAAUACUCAAACAGGUUCUUUGAGUAACUGAAAUCACUUUUAUUUGUGAGGAACGUCACCCAAUGCUGCACAGUUUCAAAUAGAUCUUAACAAGGAAAGCGGAAGUUUCUCCUCCCCACGUCCUGCAGUGAUCAGGACUGGCACAGAAAAAAACAACUCAUCACACUUGGGAGGUUUAGCACCAGCAUCCAAUAAAAAAAAAGCAUUUUUUGUUUCAA